AUGGAGGCGCGCGCGCAGAUGAGUCACGCCCCGCCCCUCAAGCAUCGCCCCGAGGGCACCUAUAGGAGCUGUUCUCAAUCCCUGCCUCUCGAUAUUCUAUGGUUGCCUCGUUCCUCGUUCCGGCCGGCAGAGGGCGAGUUGGCGGACUGCGUGCUGGUGGUGGGAGUGUCGCGGCCGAAGCUAGCCGCGGCCCUCCUCUCCGUCACACUGCUGUCGCUCUUCCUCACCUUCCACGUUCUCUAUGACAGCGCCCUCUACAGCAUACAGGUACUAUGGAUGCUAACCGCGGCCCUCCUCUCCGUCAUGCUGCUGUCUCUCUUCCUCAUCUUCGACGUGCUCUAUGAAAGUUUUUUUUACCAGGCGGCCAGUAUGGCGUCUGCGGCGAGCGAGAAUCGUAAGCUGAUGCAGAACCAGGAGUCGAACAGUCGAACCAUCAACCACCCGAUGGCACUGAGGAAGAGGAUACGACCGGCGAAGCAGCCGCGGCCUGCGCGGAGACUGCCACAGGCUUUAAUCAUCGGCGUUCGAAAAUGCGGAACAAGGGCUUUACUUGAGAUGCUGUACCUUCAUCCGAUGGUGCAGAAGGCUUCCGGAGAGGUUCACUUCUUCGAUCGCGACGAGAACUACGCACUCGGCCUGGAGUGGUACAGAAGUAAAAUGCCACUAUCAUUCAAAGGGCAAAUCACCAUCGAAAAGAGCCCUAGCUACUUCGUUACUCCUGAGGUAUUCUACUAUCUUAGGUAUCUAGAUAUUGACCGAACGUACGGCUUCUACUCAUCGUCCGCGAGCCAGUUACGCGCGCCAUCUCGGACUAUAUGCAGCAGAAGCCGCGCACUGCCAUCUGCUCCGGCGCAGCCUGCGCUACCCGGCCACCAGUGCCAGACCGUGCCAGUGCCAAAGCCUUUCGUGUAUCUCGCUAUUUCUCCUGAUGGUUCCAUCGACGUCGCUUACAGGCCCAUAGCAAUAUCUUUGUACCAUGCGUACCUCCAUCGGUGGCUGGAAGUGUUUCCCCGGGAACAAAUCUUAGUAGUGAACGGUGAUCUGCUGAUUGAGGAUCCGGUGCCGCAACUUCGGCGCAUAGAGAAGUUCCUUGGACUAGAGCAUAAAAUUGGAAGAAAAAACUUCUACUUCAAUGAAACGAAGGGGUUUUACUGUUUGCGUAACGACACUACCGACAAAUGUCUUCGGGAAACAAAAGGCCGGAAGCAUCCUCGGGUAGAUCCUGCCGUGGUCACCAAACUGAGGAAAUUUUUCAUACAACACAACCAGAGGUUCUACGAUCUUGUAGGAGAAGAUUUAGGCUGGCCAGAGGACUAGAAUACUCGAGUAUAAUUACUAUCGUUACGCAGGAUCAAUCAGGUCUAGUACGUUGCAAAUGUCGGAGACUGUGCAAAACUGUAUUGUACCCCUUUAAUUAAAAUUAUUAAUGCUUAGCUACGGAACAUUUUUGAUUUUAUUAUGCAUAAACUUUGAUAUGAUAGCUUCCUUAAUAUCAAAAAUCGCAAUCUGCUAAUGCAAGCUGCUAUGGUAAUAUAACAAAAACAAAGUGUCAUUCAGUUGAAUCGUUAAAAUUAUCUUAAUUAAAGUUCAGUUCAGUUAACUAUUAGGUACUUACUCAGUUAGAAGUCACCGAUGAAUUAUUUCCAGUUUAAGAAUCAGUAUACAUUUUGAAUACUAAGGAAGUUGAAUAAAUGAGUAAUUCAUUAUCUGCAGAAUCAUAUUUACUGACACAACAAGAUGUUAUAUUGACAAAAACAAUAAAGUUUUGCGCAGUUGCACAAAAAAGUACUUAGGAGACGUACUUACGAUAACGUUGUGAUGAAACACAUAUCAACAAUUACCUAUACAUAUCAAUAAAUUUACUUAACAAUAAACAUAUCAUUAGCAUUUAAGAUUUUUAAAAUCGUUUAUGUAUACAUCUAGCUUAUCAU